AUGUCGACAACAACUUCGACGUACCUUCAGCUCCAGGAGAAGCCUACGACUUUUCAUCGUGGAUUUAUUACUACAGAGGAACAGUUAAAUGUUUCUACGUCAAAACCAGAAGAGAAGGCUUCUGGGAGACAACUAGUCGAGACAAAGCAGAGGGUGUUGCUUCUGAAAGGAGUCCGCGAACGGUAUACUUUGGUCAACGAUCAUGAUAUUCCCUCUGUCUCUAAUCCAAGCGAGAUCCUUGUCAAGGUUCUUGCAAUCGGUCUGAACCCGAUUGACUGGAAGGCUCCAGCAUUCAACUUCGGCAUACCUAGUUUGCCCUGGAUUAACGGACGUGACCUGGCCGGGCAGGUGUUGCAAGUCCCUAGCGACAACUCACGUCUCCAGGUCGGCGACAUUGUCCUUGUCCCCUCAACAGACUACAGAGACAUUCGCAAAGCUGCGUUCCAAGAAUAUGCCAUAACAACUCACUUCAAUGCGGCGCGGAUUCCAUCCACGACGUCGAUUCAUGCCUCGGCCUCUGUAGGAGUUGCAUUUGUCGCUGCAGCAUUGGCCUUGGGUGUCUCUUUUGGAGUGGACUUCUCCACCAUUUUACAGUCUCCUGGUCCUAAUUUGGUCAAUAUCGUGACUCAGCUCGAGCGAAAUGACAUCCCAGAAGAUAUUCGAGAUGAAUGUUUCUCUUCUAUUCGGGAAACUGAACGACUACAACGUGGCGAUUGGCUCGCGAUCUGGGGUGCAUCAACAACAACUGGACUGGUUACUCUCCAGCUAGCCAAACUGGCUGGACUACGAGUUAUCUGCAUCGCAGACGCUGCGCGGUAUGGCUCUAAGCUCCUCGCCGCCGGUGCCGAUGUCCUAGUGGACCGGCAAAAUCCUGAUCGUGCCGUGGAUAUCAUCCGCGGUGUGACUGACGGAAAACUGCGGUAUGCAGUCGACAUCGUGGGAAGAGACACCGCGACUCUACUUGAAAAGACCCUCGAUCUCACCGGCCGUGCACAUCUUCUGGGACUAACUGGUCUGCCCAAGGAGAGAGACGAGAGAAUCCGCUAUCACACCGUUCCCAUUAAACUCUUCCAUGAAUCACCGGCGGUGGGCGAGAAUCUGGUGUGUUGGCUGGAGAACUUACUGCAAUCAACAACACUCACGUUGCCGGACAUUGUUCAGGCCGACGGAGGACUGGAGGGCAUCAAUGCCGCUUUGGAGACGCUUCGGGCUGGCUCGGUGUCUGGCAAGAGGAUUGUAAUGGAUCUGGGUUCUUCUCGUUCGUGA